CAGUGUGCAGUGUGCAGCGUGCAGCGUGCAGAACACAGAGGCAGGCUAGGCUUACGGGCAGUCAGCGCUCCACUAAUAUCACCACUAAUCUAUCUACCCUUUCCCCCUCCUCAUCAUCAUCAUCGACAGCUGUUGUCAGUCAGCCAGUGUCAGCCUCUUGUUCUCGCCAAUUGCCAUAGAUCGAUACUGUCUGAGUGAGAAAGAGUCGGGCACGCUUUUUGGUGAAGCCUACGUACUCGCAAGCAGGGAUUCGGCCGGUGAUGAGCAAACGCUAAAGCAUCAUAGCGGCCCGGGAAAGUGGUAGCACGGUAUCAUGAACCUCAAUCUGCCGGUUCGGUCGUCGCCGAGCCAGAGGAACCAGGCGAGCAGGAAUUACUUCACGGGCUAUACCCCGCCGCCCUCGACCGAAGCCAUCAAUGGUCCUCUCCGAGAGCCGGCUCGAGAGUUGACGCAGGCUAACGAUCGUCUCAUCGUGGGCGUCGACUUUGGCACCACUUUUUCAGGGGUUGCUGCUGUAUAUACCUCAACUCCUGAUGAUGUUGAAAUCAUCAAGACAUGGCCCGGGGGGAACGGUAUAACAUCAGACAAGGUCCCUACCGAGAUUUCAUACACAACCCCCACAGACGCCGCUCCUAACACAACGCCUACUACGAAAUGGGGUUUUCAAUUCAAGCCCGAGGAGUCACGGCUGCGGUGCAUUAAGCUGUUUUUAGACCGCUCUCAAAAGCUACCGUUCUACGUGAGCCCUCAAGAGACGGCCACGCAGCUGAAAACGUUUAAUAAGACCGUCAUUGACGCGGUAAGCGACUAUCUGACCGAGAUAUACAAGCACACUAUGGACACCCUCACGAGGAGAUAUGGCGAGUCAUUCAUGGCAUCGACGAAAGUUGAAUUCGUCUUAACUUGCCCUGCCGUAUGGUCAGACGCGGCCAAGAACACCACUUUACAGGCCGCGGAGAGAGCCGGUAUGGGCUCCAAAUCGGAAAUACAAAUGAUUAGCGAGCCGGAAGCAGCAGCAGUAUACACGCUCAAAGCAAUCCAACCGAACCACCUCAAUGUAGGAGAUAACUUUAUCGUCUGCGACGCAGGCGGCGGAACAGUAGACUUAAUCGCUUACAAGGUCAUAUCCUUAAAACCACUCAGAGUAGAGGAGUCUGCUGUGGGAACCGGUGGCUUGUGCGGGAGCGCAUUCCUCAACUAUAGGUUCGAGGAACACGUCCGCGGCCGACUCGGCCACACGCGCUUCGACGAGAUGAAGUUGAAGAAGGCCAAGACGUGGCAAAUGGGGCUAAAGUACUUUGAGGAAUUCGUAAAACGGAACUUUAAUGAAGAUGAGCACCAGGAGGUGAAUGUCCCAUUCCCAGGAUUACCAGAUGACGAGGAAGCCCGUCUUGAUUCCGGAUUCCUGAUCUUGACCGCGGCGGAGAUCAAGGACAUCUUCGAGCCCGUCGUCAAGGAGGUCUGUGACCUCGUGCAGGGCCAGGUCGACGGGCUGCGCAACAAAGGCGGCAUCGUGUCCGGUAUCGUGCUUGUUGGCGGUUUCGGGCAGAGCGAAUACCUCUAUAAGCGCUUAAAGGGACACUUCACGAGCGGAGCGCCACCACCCUACUCCGAGCGUCCUACUCACGCCAUGGCUCGCGCCAUUGGAGAGAACGGAUCCAUCGAGGUCAUGCAGCCGCUGUACGCCUGGACGGCCGUCGUGCGUGGUGCGGUUCUGCGCGGCCUCGAGGGGAACAUGGUCAUCAGUAGAAAGUCACGCAUGCAUUAUGGAACGUCGUAUGCUACGGUGUACAAUGAGGAGAAGCACAGUGUCAGCGAGAGAUACUGGAGUCCAUUGUGGGAGCGUUGGAUGGUCAGUGAUCGGAUGCAGUGGCAUAUUACCAAGGGCGAAGCCAUCUCUCCUCUAUCACCCAUAGCCUUCCACUACACGCGCAAUUUCCGUCCCGGACAAUCCCUCGUUGUAACAGAUGACUUGAUCGCGUCCGACGCCGACGAGCCACCCGUGGCGUACAGCCGCGACCUCGUGCACGUGUGCACUCUAACGACAGACCUCAACGCCGUCCCGCGAUCACUGUUCACGCGCCUGACGACGACCCGCGGCGUCGAGUUCGACAACCUCGACUUCACGCUCGAAAUGAUCGUCGACAGCGCAGGCCUCGGGUUCGAGCUCAAAGUAGACGGCGUCCGGUAUGGACGCGUGGAGGCCGAGUUUCAUUAACAUCUACCUACUUGGGGAGCGAGGAAUAGGGAUCAAAUUCUAAUUUGCAUGGUUCGAAAACUGGAGUUAUU